GUGCGCUAGGAAGUAUACCCGAGAAAUGGAUGCUCAUGCCGUGGAUAUCCCUUCCCUAGCCGAGGAGCUGAGGAAGGAGCUAGCUACCGCGGACGCUCUGGCGGCGCGGUCCGCCAGUCUCUACCCCGUCGUCAUCGCCGAGGUCGGCCCGCGCACUCGCAACGUCUGCCCGGAGGACUACGACCCGUCCCACGUCUCCAUUGGCCCGUACCACCACAUCAAGAACCCAAAGCUCGUCAGGAAGCAGGACAAGAUCCGGAGCCUCAGCACCGUUAUGUCGGCGGCGGCGAGAGUCGACGUUAAGUCCUACAUCGAUGUGGUCGCGGGCAUCGAGGCCAAAGCCAGGAGCUGCUACGCCAACACGUUCGAUAACCACAUAGAUAGCAACGACUUUGUGCGCAUGCUGCUGCUCGACGCAUGCUACGUGCUUGUCAAUUUCGGCGGCAUCGGCGGCGGCGGGCACCGCGGCAGCGACAUGAUGGAGGACGUCGGGGUGGUGCGCGACGUGAUCUACCUCGCGGAGAACCAGAUACCGUUCUUCGUCGUCGACGAGAUCCGCAAGCUCACCAUUCCGGACGGCGGCGGCGGUUCUGCGCCUGACGCGAUUACGGGCUACGUCCGGAAGCUCCUGCGGGAGCUGCAGUACUCAGUGGCGACGCCGGCGGUGGCUGAACCUCCGGGGCCAGACAACCUUCUGCAUCUGCUGCACAUGCACCUGAUGCCCACCGUCGCACUCCCGUCGUCACGAUCGACCGUAGGCACCGGCAAGCCGCGUCGGUUCGGCCGGUGGCGCUCGGCGACGGAGUACUACUGUGCCGGCGUUGGAUUCAGGAGCCGGCCUCUCGGCGGCAAAGGGGCUCGCUCAAUCCUCGAGGUGAAGCUCGACUACUACGGCCGCACACUGGAGAUCCCCCACCUGAAGAUCGACGCCGAGACGUCGCGGCUCCUGCGCAAUCUGAUGGCGCUGGAGCAGAGCAACCCGGAGGAGGUGGGCAGCCACGUGACGGCGUACUGCGUCUUCCUGUCGCAGCUGGCGGGAACGGUGCAGGACGUGGAGCUGCUGUCCAGGCGAGGGAUCAUCGCGCACGGCCUCGGCAGCCACAACGAGGUCGCCACCUCCCUGGCGAACCUCUGCAAGGGCAUCGCGUUCGGGGGCGACGACCCCGAGAGCAACUACCUUCGUGCGACAUGGGAGGGGCUGGAGGAGAGCUUCCGGAGCCGGCCGCGCCGGUGGGCGGCAUGGCUGAUGCUCAAGUACUUCAGGAACCCGUGGCUCGCCGUGGGGCUGGCGGCGGCCGGCGUGGGGCUGGUUUGUACCGUGGUGCAAGCAGUAUACGCUGUUUUGGCUUACACAUCAAAUCCUUAGCAGUAAUUCGUAGUCAAACACUGUGCGGCUGUGCUGUGCUUGUGAAAAGUAGUCAAUAUUGGUGUGCCUAGUACGUCCAGCAAUGAUUUCGUUACUAUUAUCUAAUCGAUGCAUCAACAAAAAUUUUAGUCGAAAAUAC